AUGACUUCCCAAGCGGUACCUAUAGAGAUGUCGGCGGAGGCUCUCAACGCGUAUGAUGACAAGCAUGAGGGUGAUAGCACCCGGAGACCGGCUUUUCCGCCUGUCGAAGACCGAGGCUUCGAUUUUCAACCCUUCCAAGUGCCGCGACGAGAGCUUGUUGUCAAGCAGCUGCCCCAGAACCCGCUGUCCCUUUUCCAACACUUUAUACCUAUUUCCCUAGUCAAUAGCUGGGUCAAAUACACUAAUGACCGGGUCAAUAGCCUACUCCAGAGCGGCGUUAUUGAUAGUCAAGAACACGAAAUAACAGAAAAGUCACGCCUCCGCGCCUGGAAGCCAACUACGGCUGCAGAGAUAUAUAUCUGGCUUGGGAUCCUUAUUUAUAUAGGAGUCCACGGCGAAAUAUCACGGCCUGAACACUCGAUAAUUAAGUUCAUGACUUACGACCGAUUUCAACUCCUUCAUCGUCAUCUCCGGCUCUUUGACCACACCAAAUUCACUGACGAUGACGAUUUUCCUAUUGUCUUCCAAUGCGUUGAGCUGUGGUCUCAACAUAUUCAACUUGCAACAACAGAGCUUUGUAAUCCGGGCUCACAUCUUGCCGUAGACGAGGGCAUGAUCCGAUAUACCGGAAGGAAUAAGCAAGUUACAUACGUCCCCAAUAAGCCUAUUGACAUAGGUCUCAAAGUCUGGAUAGCUGCCCAGCUAGGCCUCUUCACGAGGUGGAUUUGGCACCAACCUGGCGCAAAAUACGGUCCAGUUGGUGUUGAGAGGAAGAAGCCGGCAUCACAACGAGGGAGGAGGAAAGGCAAGGGAAGAGGCAGCCAACGGAGGACCUCUUCCGCUCCCUUCGUUAGCACGGCCACGGUGCAACUGGUACAGCUCGGCCUAAUUGUGGCAUCUACAAAGGCCUUGCAGACGCCAAAAAGGCCGAUAAGGCAGGGAAGUCAGGCUUCCAAUUUAAUGAGAUCAAGGUCAUCCCAACGGCUGAUAAUCAGGUCAAUCAGAUCGCUUGGAAGGAUAAUGCCCUCGUAUUGCUCCUUUCAACCGUCUUUACUGGCGAUGAGAGAUGUGAUCGUUGGAGGAAGAGACCGUCAACGAAUACCCCAAUGGCACGGCCAAUACAGCGAUUUUUUUAGUGGCGAGCCGGUCAAGCUUAUAUCGAUCCCUACUAUCGCCGCUUCCUACAACGACGAAAUGAAUCAUGUUGACCGAGGCGACCAAAGGAGGUCAUAUCUAGGCUAUGAUCAUCCUAUCCGCCGGGGCGCUUGGCAGGCUAUUGCUUGGACCUUCUUAUUGGAUGUAGUCCUACCAGAAGAAGUGGAGGGAGUGCCUAUACAACGAGGUCUUCAAGACCUUCCAUCCGCAAAGCCAGUCAAGGCGGACUUUUCGAGCCGGAGACGAAUUUACGCCCGUGGCACAACAUAA